CUCCUCCUCUUCCUCGGUGAGGUGAUCUCAGUGACCUGAGGCGCGUCUGGUCAUUCGAUCAACAACCGACGCGCAACAGCAGAAGCACGAACGGCUCACAGGCUGGACCUGGUCGGGGACAGCAGAGAGGAAAAGAGGCGGAAGCGGGGGGAGCGGAAGAGAGGGGAGGGACGGACAGAGAACGGACUGGCCCAGCCUGGAACUCGUUCCAGGCAGCCGGCCCAGACUGAGCUUCGAACACUCUGAGCUCGUCUCGGGGACUCGGCGAGCAAGGAAGGGCUUGCCAACCUGACUUCAAGGAGGCACGCCAGCCACACAAAGCACAACGCAAGGCAGGAACGUGCGAUUCCACAACCUUGGCCCAAGGAAACGUCUCAUUCUCCGUGCCCGUCACUGGGCCGUCUGGAGGCUCAUAGGGGCCUCUUGAAAGGCUCUUGGAGCCAACCUUGGGCCCUUGUGCGGCGCGUAUGAGCCGUCAUGACAGCCUUUUGGAAACCUCUGCGGCGGUCUUGGGACUGCUCGCUGAACUGCAGCGGGGAGUGCACUCGACAUCCCUGCUACAGCGCGGACGAAGACGAAAUCGGAUUCACAACCCGUCACACUUCAGACCGGUCGUCGGAACUGCGCUGCUCCUACAUUCAGUCUCCGUCCUGCUGCGCUGUUGCGCAGGCACGGUGGCGGGGUUUGCCGUAGGCAGCCAGGAAUUAUUCCGAGCAGCCUGCAUCCGCUCUCAGGGAUAGUCGUGGCAGAGCGCUGGGCCAGCACUGCGUGUAAAGACUCGUGCUGCAUGCGCAUGCGGGCCCGCAGCCUGGUGGCGCCAGCUUCCCAGACGUUGCUGAAGAAGCGCUGGGCUCAAACAAAGCGCACGUGCAUCUCGAUCGUGGGCGCUGCUGCACUGACAAUCCAACUAUUCCGAAUUACUCCUAGCACAAAAACACAAGCACACACACACCAGUACAAACACAAGACACAAUCAAGAACACAAACACAACCACAAACUCACACACACUCACACAUGACGGACAGUCCUGCGACACUAGCUCCCAGCAGGCGAUGCUGUUCGGCGAGGGAGGAGAAGGAGGAGGAGGAGGAGGAAGAGAAGGUGGGAUGGGAGGGAGGGAAUCGGAGGAACAUGUAGCCGAGAAACCACCAUCACUGUUCGCUCGAGCCACGG